UUAUCUGAAAUAAUGCAGUCGACAGUCAAAUCAGAUGUACUUUGUUUUUAUGUAAACGGAAGAAAGGUAGUGGAAAAUAUUGCGGAUCCAGAAACAACGUUACUUACUUACUUGAGAAAUGAUCUUCGUCUCACUGGUUCCAAACUAGGAUGUGGAGAAGGGGGUUGUGGCGCGUGUACUGUCAUGAUAUCCAAAUGGGAAAGCGCAAGGGGAAAACCAAGGCAUUUGUCAGUUAAUGCAUGUCUUGCUCCACUCAUUUCUGUACAUGGAUGUGCAGUAACUACAGUAGAAGGAAUCGGAAGCACGAAAACUAAACUGCACGAAAUUCAAGAAAGAUUGGCGAGUUUUCACGGAUCGCAAUGUGGAUUUUGUACUCCUGGCAUUGUCAUGUCGAUGUACGCAUUAUUGCGUAAUAAACAGAUCCCCACUUCAACUGACAUCGAGAGUUGUUUGCAGGGUAACUUGUGCAGAUGUACUGGAUAUAGGCCCAUUUUACAAGCUAUUUCCAUAAAACUGCUCGACACAAACAUGAUCAGUGUACAAUUUCGACAGCAAAUGACCAAAUACUUGAACAUGGGGAUCGGCAAGACCUCGGAUUGCUGCAGAACAAAGCGAUUAUUCAGACAAAUUACGAAAUUACCAUCCACGCAUUCGAGGUAA